AUGGUGCUUAUUAACGGGGUCAAGUAUGCAUGUGAACGGUGUAUUCGUGGUCAUAGAGUCACUACAUGUACACAUACGGACCAACCAUUGACCAUGAUCAAACCUAAGGGGAGACCUGCUUCGCAAUGUCAUCAUUGUCGAGAACAACGAAAGAAUAAGAAUCUUCAUGUUAGUUGUACAUGUGGGAAGAAGGGAAAGAGUCCCGGGAUGCACUUGGCACUGUGUGCAUGUCACAAAAACACACAUUGUACUUGUGCAUCUAAUCUUGCUAAUGGUUCAACCAAAUCUCGUCCCAUUGGGUCCAAAAUGGAACUUUCUAGACGAAGAUCACUUCUUGAAAGAAGUGCUUCGGAUAUAAGUUUACCAUUAGAGACUUCUCCUUCACUGGCCACCAUUAACAAUAACAGUAGUUCGCAAAGUGUGAGUGCCAAUCAAUCGUAUGUUAAUGUACACCUGGCAGGUAACUAUGGAAACACAAACACAGGAACUGCCACAAGCCAAUACAAUAGUGAUCAUUCUAGCCAGGGGGACACGGCUCCACCAGCUCCUAUAGAUUCCCAUUACGUAAUUGAAGAUGUAUUGGUUCCAUUUGAUGGUGGCUUAGGACUCUUUGAUUUGUUUCUGCCAUCUCCAGACAUCUCGAGGUCCAAUUCAAAGAUGAAAACAAUGGAUGGAGUGAAUUCAGAACCUGGGGUUACUCCAACAAACCAUCCGGCGAACAUAUCUACUCCUUCAACUUCAGAUAUGGAUUUAUCUGACAAUAUGUUCCCGUUAUUCCCAUUAGUUGGUACAUGUAGUUUUGAUACGACUAACAAGCCACUUAGUAGAACAGAUGUUGGAUAUAAAUCACCUCCCACCAAACCACAAGGUUCCCAUUCCCUGCAACUGCAAGCCCAAACUCAGCAACAACCACAACCGGGACAAUCACAAAGUUAUACACUGCACUACCAACCAAUACGACCUAAACGUCCAGAAAGUGUAUUAUCUAUAGCUUCUACUUCUUCCACUGCAACAAACAUGAGUAAAACUGCUGAUGGUCAUCAAAACCAACCAUUUGGAACGUCAGCGGCAUUCCCACCAACCUCAUAUUCACUGUCAUCAUUUGAUCUUUCUACGAUCAAUAGUAACAAUCAUAAGGCAACCAAUGGAAACAUGGACUUGACAGAAGAUUAUUCUGAUAGAUUUGGUGGCAUACUGGAUAAUUACAAGGAGCCCACUAUAUAUCAACCACAAACACAGCAACCAUUAGCGGAUUUAAACAACUUGUUUGGUGAGGAUCAUGAUUUGCAUCUAGAACAGUAUGCACUGUUUUUGGGAGGUACUAGACAAUCGUCAAGCUCGCAGGAUGUAUUGAGAAAGUCAUCAGUAUCACCUACAAGUGCACACGAUUUGGCUAGCAUGGAACACAAAGUACCGACUCAGUCACGUUCUCCCCCAAGUCCUCAUUUCCCCAAACAACAGGAUGGGAAACCGCAAGGUUCCCCGUUUUCUGAAUUUGGUUCGCUCCCAAUGUUUAACGAUAUAACGUCCCCCUUAAAAUUUGAAACAGUCCAGGAAAAUCUGGCUUUCGAAUACAAAUAA